CGUCGGCAUGACUUGAUAUGAAUCGGAUCCAAUUUCUCACCAGACUCCUCCGGCGCAAUUUCUCAGCCAGUCCAAUCCAUCACCAGCUCGACGCCUUCACUCGCCGACUUUUCAAGCUCCCUUCUCCUCCCCCUCGCCAGCGGACCUCUCUCCCACCGACAAGCACAACCUACAUAGGCACACACUACGAAUACACCGUCCAGCAAACCCUCCGGCGCUUCGCCUUCUCCCUCCACCGAGUCGGCGGGCGCGACGAUGCAGGCAUCGAUCUCAUAGGCACCUGGCACCUCCCGCAACACGAACACCCGCUGCGCGUCUUCGUGCAAUGCAAGUCCCUCAAGACAAAGCUGGGGCCGAAUCUCGUCCGGGAGCUCGAAGGAACGUUCCGCCAGUCGCCAGUUGGGUGGCGCACAGGGUCGAAGAUUGGGGUUCUGGUUGGCCCUCGUGAGGCGACGAAGGGCGUUCGGGAUGCGAUGGCGCGAAGUGCGUAUCCGCUUCUGUGGAUGAUGGUUGAGCGGGACGGGGAGCUGCAGCAGGCGCUGUGGAAUGGUUGCGCUGAGCAGCUGGGUUUGGGGGCGUUGGGAGUGGAGAUGGUGUAUGGGGUUGCGUCGGGCAGGAGGAUCAGUUUGACCUGGGAUGGGUCUGAAUUGCCUUCUAUGGAUCAGGUUGAGGAAUUGAUGAUGCAGCGGCAGGAUGAGUGGCUACGACUGUGGGAUGCGGAUUCUGAGGCGUCUGGGCCGCGUAGAGGAGAAUUGUUGGAUCUUGUACAGCAGCUGUAUCCUGAUGAAAAGCCGCUCUUGUUAGGAGCUGAUACGUGCACUACUUUGACCGAGGCCGAGAGGACCAAGGUCCUGCAGCAGCUGCGCAACAGGCUACAGACGCCUGCGGAGAACAGUGGAAGUUGAGCAUGAUCUCAUCAGCUCGACUGUACCUAG